CAGUCAGUCAGCUUUAUCGGGGGCGUGCCUGUAGCUAGUGGUGGCUACUCUCCGGUCCCAGGGGCCCUCACCUGUGCCUGACGGCCAGAGAAAGGCCUAGGAGAGUUCGGGUGGCGCACGGCGUACAGAUUCCGGAGGCUACGCCGGCAUCGAGGGGGCGGGGCCGCAAUUUGAAUCUGGCGGCGGGCGGCUGUGGAGCGGUGGGCUGGCAGGGGACCGCUAGGUGCGGUGUGGGACGCGGGGCGCAGCGCGGUGGGCAGACGUGGCGAGCAGCCCCCUGAAGAGCUAGGGUCCACAGAGGUGGCGAGCAGCCCCCUGAAGAGCUAGGGUCCACAGAGGGAGACAGCCGCGACUCUGGUCCGCUGCGGUGCUCUCAGAGCAAACCCGGGCGCGGGGCGCUUCGAGGUGGGCAUGAGAGAUGGAUACUAAUUCAAAAGACAAGGAGUCUUCUGAAAUCAAAGAGUCUGCAAUUAAUAAUGCUGAAAAUGCUGCUUUCAUUUUGGGAACUGGAAAGCUUGUGAUUCCUCAGAAGCAUGCAGCAGGAAUGACUCCUGAUCUUUGCACACCAGAUACUUUUAAAUCAUCUUUGAACUUUUCCACAGCAACCAUAGAACAAUUGGGAAUUACACCUGAAAGCUCUGUUAAGAACUCUUCAGAGAAUUUCAUUACAAAAAAGUCUCGUCGACGUUCUUCAAUUGGCACCCGGGGCUCUCCUGAAACAAACCAUCUGAUUCGUUUCAUUGCUCAGCGGAGGAUUUUAAAGAAUGCUAAGAGAACAUCUUUGGCACAGGAUUCUCCCUUUCAGGGCAGCCCUGGACUGUAUCAAAAUGUUAGCUCAUUAAGAGAGCGGAUAUCUGCUUUCCAGACAGCUUUUCACUCCAUAAAGGAAGAUGAGAAAAUGAUUGAUUGUCCAGAAUUCUCAGGAGUGAGAGGAGGAUUUGAGACAACAGGUUUGACCAACAUGGAAGGUCUUGGUGAAUGUCAGCAGUCUGGUUUCUCUGAAAAGUUACCAUGCAAACGUCGAAGAAUAUCCUUGCAGAGCAGCUCUGAUGACAACCUCAGCAAUGUCGAAAGGGGAGUGAUGGAUCUUCAGAUCCUUAGUAUGGAUGUGGAUGGCAUGUGUGCUGAUGAAGCUUCUGCAGAUCUUCCUGAGAAAUCAUCUGAACUUGGUUUAACCCAGCCUGGAUAUAUAGCAAAAGCAUCUUCUACCUGUUUAGUGGGCCCAGAGGCUUCAAACGAACAAGGAGAUUUGGACAUCUCACAAUCACAUGUUCAUCUUGAAGAAUGCAAGGUUCCUGAUUAUGUAGAGGGCACAGAAUCAAGUGAUGCUGUUUUAAUUGACAUACUGACAGCAGGGGCAAGCUCAGACACAGUCUCCGAGGCCAAGUCAUCAGCUACCACUGUGUGCAAGAGGGACAUUCCAUCCACUGACUCCUUUGUACUUCGUUCUGUAUUGAAGAAACCUUCUGGCAACCUUUUUGCAGAGAACUUACAGGAGCACCAUGACAACCACUGUGAUGAUUUGAUUGAUCCAGGCUUAAUCUCAAAUCUUUCCAACUGUUGCGAAGAACAAAAUGCAGAAGAUCAAGAAAGUCUUAAAACACCGGCCUUUCUAAAUGUGAGGAAGAGGAAGAGAGUUACUUUUGGAGAGGAUCUAAGCCCAGAAGUGUUUGAUGAAUCUUUGCCAGCAAACACUCCAUUGCGUAAAGGAGGAACACCUGUCCGACAAAAGGAUUUGAGUAGUGUUAGUCCUCUGCUACUUGAGCAAUCACCAGUUCCUGAGCAAUUGCCUCAACCAAAUUUUGAGGACAAGGGGGAGAAUCUUGAAAACAUAGAACCACUUCAGGUAUCAUUUGGAGUUCUGAAUCCUUCCGUUUCUGAGAAUCUCUCAGGCACUGAUACCUUUAGUUCUUCAAAUAACCACGAGAAAGUAUCCUCCCGUAAAAUUGGUAGACUAACACGGACUUCUGGCAGAAGAAAUCAAUUGAUCAGUUUUGCAGAGGAGAACGUUUGCAACUUACAUAAUGCAGAAACUAAGUCAUGUAAGGAAAAGAAAAUUAAUAGGAGGAAGUCUCAAGAAACGAAGUACAGAAACAGGGCACUUCCUAAAAAGAAUCAGGUUUCACAAAGUUGCACAGAGAAAAAAGGGAAGUGGAUGAAAAGAGUUCAGAAGUCUUUAUAUGGGGAAAGAGAAAUGGCUUCCAAAAAGCCCCUCCUAAGUCCUAUUCCUGAGCUGCCUGAGGUCUGCGAGAUGACACCUUUGGUUCCAGGCGUCCGGAGGAUGUGUUCAGAUGGUUGCAACUCAAAUGGUAAACUGGAAGAAGAGACACCUCCUAAAAUUCGAGUUAAAAAAAACAUUCUUUGGCCUCAGAACCCCAAAGAUCUGCACGUGCAGCAAGGCCUUGGUGAAUCUGAUGUGUAUGGACUCUGCCGCUCUUACAUAAAAACCUCCACGUUGCCUGGCAGUGUUACUUCUGAGGAAGACCCCAAUACAAAUACCAUGGACACCAAAGACAACGGGAACAUUCCAAAAGCAGAAAAUACGUUGGAAAGUGAAAAUGAAUCAAAAACUGAGACUAAGACUGAGACCGAGGACAGUCAAGCUUCUUGUGCUUCUGUGAUGGGAGAACACAUUGUGUCAGAUCACCCGAAACCUGAUUUUAUCCUUCAGUGCCAGGAAUCUGCUGCUGCUGGUCAGAAUGCAGAAAAGCUCUGUCAAACCUUGAAAAUUUCAGAAGAUAUUAGGUAUGAGAAACAAGAAGACUUAGUAGUUGCUGCCGAGGGGAAACUGCAGGGCAGCCCUUUCAUGUGUGAGUCACACAAAGAAUUUAAUUGUUUAGAAGAUGUUCUAAUUGGAAAUAUAAAAGAAGCUAAGUGCAACAGUGAUAAUGUGGGAAGAAAAUCCCCAGAAAAUAGCAUUAUGAGUUGCAGAGAAAAGAAACAUAGAAGACGCUCAAUGUGUUAUUCUGAUGGUCAGAAUCUACAUUUGGAACAAAACGGGAAUCACGAACCUUCCUACAGUGUGGGAAGCUCUUUAGAAAUUAGUUUAGAACAAAUCUUUCAGAGAGAAAAUGGUAAAACCAAAGUGCGACGAAGCUCAAGGUUCCAAAAAAGUUCGGAAAGUGAAGGGCUUAUGUGGGUAUCACCUCCAUGUCCUCCCACUUCCCAAAAAUCAAGGAGGAGAACAAUAAGUACUUUUGACUGCAGAAGCCUGGGAAAUAUGUCCCCCAUAAAAGAAGCUCUGUCUUCCAGACAAAACCCCCGUGUGGUGGUCGCUGCCUCAGGUGAAGAGAGCAGCCAGGAUCUGGCUGCUGAGUGUUCGCGCCUACCUGAGCAGAGGAGGAGGAGGAGGAGCUUCUGUGCACCCACACUCUCCAGCAAGGCACAGUGUCACUCAGCCCAACCUCUGCAGGAGAAGAGCCUUUCCCAAGAGGGGAGGAAGCCCCUAGCCCACCUCCCAAGGGGUGGAGACAGGCAAAGUAAAAUAGGAUGCAGCCCUUCCCCAGCAGCAUCUGCAGUAGAUGAGGUAGUUGUCCCUGCUCAGGAGCAUCUUCUCUUUCAGUUCCAUCCUUUGUUCAGCUUCAGUGCCUCAAAAGUUUCAGAUCAAUAAAAUCACUUGAUCUGAACUGGCUUUUAAGUAGAAAUAAGUGCAUUUCUGCAUCAUUCAAAAAAAAAAAAAAUUCUGUUAAGUAUGUUCUCCCCCAAAAUGGUAAAUGCUGUUAUUAGUAUUUUGUUAAAAGGAUUGUUUUUAGACCCAACAGUAUGUCUCUGAAUCUUUAUUUUAUGAGAGUACUUACUUACCACUGAAGGUGUAGACUCUGUUGUCAAAAGCAACCUUUAGGGUUGAUCCUUAUAUCACAGUUUAUUUUUUGCAAAAGACAAAUGUAUAGAAAUGUGGAACUUUAUGAAGAUGGAAGUAAUACAAGCUUGAAGGCUUAAUGUGGGGUGAUAAGUGUUUUAUGAUAUGACAAAAAAGUGCUUAAAUAUUUUAACAAUUAGGAAAAUGGAAAUUAUGAAGCUUGUUUUCUCUUUGGGUUCAAUUUAAGAGAAGCUUUGAAGACUUGCCUUAUCUAUUUCAAAUGAAAUUUUUACUUUAAUAGUUAAGUUAAAAUCAAAUUCUAAAUGUGAAUUUUUAGAAAUUUUCAAUAGUCAGAAUUUUAUAAAUCCAUCUUUAUAAAUGAAUAUAUAAUUUAAAAAUAACAUCAAUAUGAAAGCAUUCUUUUCUUCAAACAAGAUUGCUCUUUUAAAGCCUGGAUUCCCAAAUGAUUUGAAUAAGUCACAGGUAGUUUGGCAUUUAAUUCAUGAUUUGUGGUUAAAAAAAAAAUUUUGAAAGGUAGAAACUUACUAGGAAAGUAGUUUACUAACAUAAUACAUGGUGGUAGGUCACUGGUUUGUAUUGGCACAGCAUUUUCCAGCAGUUCAUAAUUUCCGGUACUAUCACUUGUCUCAGCUUCUUUAGGUACCUUUUAUAAUAUUUCCUGCCGGCUGUUUUGGUGACAGCAGUUUGAAAAUCUAAAUUACUAUAUAUCUGGAAUUUGUGAAUGCACAUAAAUCAUUGUAUCAUUGAGCAAUUGUCUCUGAAAUCCUUUAAAUCAUUAAGCUCUCCCUUGCCAUAAUAGCAGAAACAUGUUAACAAAUAGGGCUCCCUAUAAAUAACACAACAGGGAAGAAAGCUCCUGCUGAGCAGCCCAUUUCCCCCUUGUAGAUGGAGACUAUUUGUUACCUCCUUGGCACCGGCAGGUCUGGAACUCCUGCUGCUAAAGACGAAUGUAUUUUACAUUAACACUCAAGUGAUCCCCAAUUUCUUCUGCUCAAGGGUGGAUUGUUUAAAAAUUUCUUUUAUCUUUACAUGUAAAUUAUUUAUGGACCUUUUCCUUUCCCAUUUAUGAUUUGAUGUGAUUACCAAAUCAGUUCCCUUGAAAACAACCAAAAAAGAAAGAACAACAAAAACUAAUUAACUUCAUAUGAAGCUUUUUGAUUUUGGUAAUUAAAAAAAAAUGAAAAAAUAAUAAACCUUUCAGACACCUAAAUAUUAGAGGACUUUGAGUUUCAAAAACAACUUUUGUAUUUCCCCUUGUUCAAUACGAAGGCAAAAAGCUAAUGAUUGUUACUUGCCACUAGUUCUAAUUUAUUAUGCCGACUCAACCAUAUUUGAAUUUUUAAAAAUUCACAUUAAAAAAAAAUUCUCAAAAAGUGCUAAUGAGGUUGGAUAAAGUAUUUUGAUCUGUGAUUUUGGCUUGGGUUUUUCUGAAGUAAACUUGUUCUCACUUUCUAACUCCUACAGCUAAAAAUAUAUACGCAUUUUUACAAGUUCUGUUGGUUUUAAAAUGUUCCAUUGAUAAAUAUUUUGAUAUUUAUGAAUAGUUUAUCUACCUAAAGUCUCUGUAUCAGAUUUGUAAAAAAUUAAUUUCUGUAUUUCAUCAAGGCUUCUUUUUUUUUUUUUUCUUUUCUUUAGUGGUGAAAUCAAAAAGUUGACUUCAAAAUGUUUUUCCUUGCCUUGCCUUUUUUUUGCUGCAGGAACUCACCCUGCAUGUUUGAUCCUUUAGCUCCUCUGCCUCUGUUCCUACAGAUUCUUAAGUGUUCCAGGAGAUGGCAGCAUGGUAUCUGAAGUCCCCCCCUACCUUCUGAAACCUACAAGCCCGGGCAACUCCUAUUUGCUGUUGCCGGUGCCUCCCCUUAUUUUUUAAUCGCAGAAAUAAUAGGUGUCUAUUGAACAAGGCAGAGAACUGUACAAAGCUUUGAAGUAGAAGUAUUGACAACUGUCUUCCUUUCCCUCCACCCCGACAGACGUCAGUGUAGCUUCACCUUCCUGUUGAAGCUCUCUGUGUGCAAACACUGACAGCUGCCAGGGGUCUUCCAGAACUUUCUUCCAUGCACAGGGAGUACGAUUUUGUUGUUUGCUAACCAGGAUCAUGAUGUGCCAUUCUGCAACUCGACUUUUGUUGGUCAACAAAAUACCAUGAGAGUCCUUCAGUCUUGCUGUGAGCAGUCCUAGACCUUUUCAAUUAAGCCUUGCAUAGAAUUGCAUAUUUUUGCUAUCUGUAAUUCAGGUAGCCAUCUCCUUAGUAAUGGAUGGGAACUGUCUCCAGCUUUUGCCACUGAAAAUGUGGCACAUGGGGCUUGUGGAAAUGUAAAAGAAAUUCCUCAAAAUUAAAGUAAAAUGGUUAAUUGACUUCUCUUCUGGAUCUUAACUGGCAACCUGCCCCUUACGUUUUCGCAUCCUUGCCUUCUUUCUCUCGUUUUCUUCUGCCACUUACAGCCACUCUGCCUCUGUUUUCUCUCACUGCCCCACUUUCAACUGGGGUGCCAGAAUUGAGAAGAAGGCUUAGAACUACUGUAAUUAGGAGGCAGUGAUUGAUCAUGCCUGGUUCAUGCUGGAGAAUGAAAGAGCUAUUUUUUAAAAGUCUAGCCUACUGAGGUAAAAUAAGUUACAGUAAAGUUACUCUUUUAGAGCAGUUUGAAUUUUGUCAAAUUUAUAGUCCUGUGACCACUGCAGCAGUCAGUGAUAGAACAUUUCCACUACCUGAGUCCGAACCCAGUCCUUCUUUGCUGAUUUCUGUCGUUAUAUUUCUCUUUUCCAGAAUGUCAUAAAAGUAGAAUCAUACUGUAUAUAACUUUUCAUGUCUGCUUUUUUGAGAUUCAUUUAUGCUGCCUGUAGUUGAUACCUGUUUGUUGCUGAGUAGUAUUCCAGUUUAUUGAUGUACCACUACUCUGGAAAUUUGGAUUGUGUUUUUUAGGUAAUAUGAAUAAAGCUGCUAUAAAUGUU